UCAGCGCUCCCGCGUCAGCGCGUCGCAGGAUUUGUCCUCCGGGUCUAGCUGCGCUGGUCAAACAUGGCUGCGGUGGAGUUUGGAGACAGCGAGCUGUUCGAGCAGUUCGAGGAGGACGCGUCGCAGCGCGGGCUGCGGGAGACUCUAGAAGCGUGCGGAGAAACAGCCGCGCGUCUGAAGGCGGAGAAUGAGGAGCUGAAGAGGAAGCUGGACGUAUUGAGUCGUCCUGCGGGGAUAAAAAUAGAAGAUUCCAAAAUCGAUGGGCCACUUUGUCAAAUUAAUUAUGGAAACAACAUCAUUUCCAGGCAGUGUCGGAAAGAAAUGGAGGACUUCAUCUGCUGUCUUGUCCAGAAGAGGCUACAAGAGUGUAGAAAUGAUCCGGAAGGCUCUGCGCUUCAUGUCAAGCCACAUCAUUCAGGUUUCGUUAUGGAGGAGAGCUACAAAGCAAAGACUUCCAGUGACUCCAAGCACAUGAGGAAUGCUUUCAGUGUGAUAGGGAGUGUCUUGUACUUCACCAGCUUCUGUGUUGAUAAACUUGGCCAGCCGCUGCUGAAUGAAAACCCGCAGCUGACUGACGGAUGGGAGGUUCCCAAAUAUCCGCAGAUCUUCGGCCAGAUCAUCGCCCUCGAGGGCCAAGUGGUGCAGAUAAAGGAGAAAAGGCCGAGACCGUGCUGUUUCAACUGCUGCUCUGAGGACCAUCAGCUGCGAGACUGUCCAGAGCCCAAAGAUAUGGCUCGUAUCAAUGAAAAGAGGAAGGAGUUUUCGCAGAACAGCAAUCAGAGCAACCAGCGCUACCAUGCAGAAGAGGUCGAAGAGCGCUUUGCAAAGUACAAGCCAGGAAUACUGAGUCAAGAUCUCCUCGAUGCUCUUGGCAUCACUACAAACACUCUUCCUCCGUUCAUCUAUCGCAUGAGAGAGCUCGGCUACCCUCCUGGCUGGUUAAAAGAGGCAGAGAUGGAAAACUCCGGCCUGACGCUCUACGAUGGCUCGAACGAUGGAGAUGAAAAUAACCACAGCCAAAAGAUCUCUUACGAUGUGUCAAAGCUGGUUGACUUUCCUGGCUUCAAUUGCUCUGCAUCACCCAGCGUGAGAGAUGACUACAGGUCUUUCGGCUCUAUUCCAAUGCAGCCUCAGCAGUGGAAGCAAAAUUUUGCUGCUUUUUUAAGCAGUAACUUUCCAACGCAGGACUCCAGCUGCAGUAAGAGGCGUCAUGAGUCUGAAUCCACGGCCCAGAAGACGAAGAAACAGAGAUCAAAUUCAGAGAACCCCGAAUCAGAUAUGGAGAUAGAGUCAGAGCACGACACGUGUCCGGUUAGAUCUGAUGGUUUCCAGUUCCACCCUCCGCUCCCUCCUGGCUCUGCGUCCUCAUCCGCUGCUCCACCUCUCCCGCCGGGAACGCCUCCGUCCACUCCGCCCAUCCCUAAGGGAACUCCACCGCCGACUCCACCUACUAACGAUUCCCCGGCCAAUCAGGCGAGAGGGUUGACUGAGGGGGAGGAGUCUGAGGACGGGCUGUCUCUGGAGGAACUGGAGGAGCAGCAGAGGCUUCUCUGGGCAGCCCUUGAGACGGCAGAUACCACGACCAACAGUGAUUCCGAGACCCCCGUCCCGAGUUCCCCGAGUGUGGUCACUUCACUUAAACUCGACUCGGAGGAAGACGGAGAAAAGACGGAGGACUCGAGUCACGCGUAUGAAAUCAAGAGCACGCCAUCUUCACCUAACGUUUGUGAGGAGGAGAGGAUAGAUGAAACCGCCGUCGAUUUGCAAGCAGGGAUGAGUGACGACAUUGUCCUGGAUGAAAUUCACGAGGAAAGCAGUAAUCGUGAUGCAACAAAUGCAGCUUCAGACACUCCUCAGACAAACACGGAGGAGCCUGCCGUAAAUAAAGUAGCUUUCGUCCCACACCGGAGCAGGUUCGCUGCGGGUAUUAUUCCUUUCGAGGACACGCCUGAGUUUACGGAGGUGGCUGAAGCAACGGGGGUUUACCUCAAGAUUCGAGAUUUGCUAAAAGGCUCCCCGAGAAGUCAGGCCCGAGGCAAGAAGUAAUGGAAGUGGUGUGUUUGUACUGCGCACCUGUGGACAACGAGCAGUGUGUUUUUCUCUCUAAUCACAGUCCUUUUGUAUGUAGUUUUACUUUGGUGCUUUCUAUCUUUUUACAGCUAUCGUGUGAUUUUUAAAAACACAAAGAGGUUUAUUUGGUUUGUACCUGAUUAUUAACUGACUGUGGAUACUUGAUCUCUGUGUAGGGAAUGUUUUUUAUUAUUAUUCUGUUUUCUGUAAUUACGGUCGUUACCGCCACAUCUCAUUUGCAUGCCCUCCAUCUGUGUAUUUUAUUGUGAAUAUCUUUCAGAAUA